ACAAGUUUUCGAAUUUCUAUUCCAACAAAACAGUACGCACUAGAAAUCCCAAACCCUAAUUGAACGUAUCGACCCGCUUCACUGGAAACCGCAAAACGUAAUUGAAAAAAUACGCACUAGCGGCAGCAAAAUCCUUUCUUUCGAGAAUCUCGCCAAACUGAAGAAACACUGAUGUCGAUUGAGGAGAUGGUGAAUGAUGUGGGGAUGGGGGAACCUGAUCCUGUGGUCUCUGAAUCUGGAUCAGAAUCAGAAGAAGCUGAAGGCGUGAAGUUAAUGGAACCUUCGAAGGAUGCUGUAAACAAUCGUGAAGGUUUGCUCGAUAAGCUUGGAGAUAUCAACUGGCCUGCCAAUGUCGAAUGGAUACACAAGCUUUCAAUUGAUAUUGAUCAGACACAAGAAGUGGAUGUCAAUGAUGACCUGACACGGGAGCUUGCUUUUUAUACACAGGCACUGGAUGGUGCAAGGCAGGCCUUGGUAACAUUUCAGUCAAUGGGGCUUCCUUUUCUGAGGCCGUCUGACUAUUAUGCUGAAAUGGUCAAAUCUGAUGCUCACAUGGAGAAAGUUAAGGGCAGACUCUUAGCAGAAAAGAAAAAGGUUGAGGAGGCUGAGGAGAGAAAGAAGGCAAGGGAGAACAAGAAAUUAGCUAAAGAGAUACAAGCUCAGAAACUGAAAGAGAGGGCCAAGCAGAAGAAAGAAGAUAUUGAAUCUGUUAAGAAGUGGAGGAAGCAGAGGCAACAAAGUGGGUUUGCCGGUGGUGAUAAAGGUGGUGACCUUGAUUUGGCUUUUGAAGAAGGAAAACCAUUUGAUCGAAUGAAUAGGAAGAAGCCAUGGGUGGCUCCUGGAGAUCGUUCUGGUGGGAAGGCAAAACAGGGUGGUGGAAAGGGGAAAAAAAGUUCAGAUAAAAACAUGAAGAAUAGGGAACGUAGGGAUUCGAGGUUUGGAUUUGGAGGGAGGAAAGGGUUAAAGAAGCAGAACACGUCUGAGACCACGAAUGAUCUUACGAGAAGCUUUAAUAAAAGCAAAUUUUCUGGUAAUAAGAGACAGAAAAAGUGAGACAUUUAGAUUUGGUUUUAAUUCAACUCUUUGAAGCACAAGUCUAUUUUAAAUUGUUAGCUAAUGAGUAAACGGAGAAGCAGAGUUUGUGUGUUCACUUUGAAGCGAUUGAUUUCUACCGGCUUUUGAACUAUUGAUAUUUAUAAACAUGGUACGUGCAUUUGCUUAUUCAAUUUCAACUUUAUUAUUGUAAUCGACUUGUUUCCCAGACAACCAUUUCUUAAUACUUCUAUUGCCCUGCA